AUGAAGAAUAUUUCUCCUCGGUGUGCUCUUAAAAUUGACCUUCAAAAAGCUUUCGACUCUAUUCAUUGGGGCUUCAUUCCUAUCAUCCUCAAUGCCUUAGAGUUUCCAAGUAAACUCAUUGACUGGAUUUCUGCAUGCUACUCUAAUGCCUCCUACUCCAUUGCAUUUAAUGGAACUGAAAGAGGAAUAUUUAGCUUUCAUCCAAAGUACAAGAAAAUAGGCCUGACUCACCUUACUUUUGCUGAUGAUCUGUUAAUUUUCUGCAAAGGUAACCUUGAAUCUGUCAUGGGAGUUGUUUUUGUUCUUGAUUAUUUCUAUAAGCUAUCUGGGCUUAAACUUAAUGCUCUCAAGUGUGAGAUCUUUACAGCUGGCAUCUCUGUUCACUCUACUCAAAAUAUCAUUAACUUUUUUGGUUUCCAACAUGGGCUCCUGCUUGUCAGAUACUUGGGAAUCCCCUUGCUAGAGUCUCAGGAAAAUUAUGAAGCUUCGAAGUGUCGCUCAUCCUCUUCUUUCUUCAGGAGUUACUAG